AUAUACAUCCAUGUGAAGGAGGAUCCUAUAAACCUGCACUUCGUGUAGUACAUUACAUUAAGGCUGUAAGGCUAAAGCAGAAAUUUCAUUAAAAAUUUCCUUAAAAAUAUGAGUCGUUUAGGAGCUGAACUGACCUUAGAACAGGUCGAUGAUUGGUUCAGAAUUGGAAGAGCAGUCCCCAAAGUUCAGACGGUCCCUCGGAGCAAAUCUGGAGGGAGAGAGUUGAAUCAGAACAUGCAACCUAUAGUGAAACCAGCGCGUCCAUAUGUACCGCGGUAUAAAAGACACACAAGAGAAGGCAACCCAUAUCAAACACAAUAUGCCAAACAUUAUCAGGAUGUAGAAAACAGCCAGUUAAUCAGUGGUGGGGUGUGUACUAGUACUGACCAGUCUCUCGGCAGAGAUUCUGAUACUUCACAUCAGCUGGAUUUAGAAGGUAUAAGUGACACCAUGAGUACAGUGAGUUUCUUGCCAGAAGAACCUCCAAAUUCCACUGCUGUGUAUAGAAAUUACAACUUUGAGCACACAUAUGAUAAGAAUCUACCUAUUACACACUAUCAUGAAGAUGUUGUGGAUACCAUUGAAAGCAACAGAGUGACCGUCAUCCAAGGAUCUACAGGUUCUGGCAAAACAACCCAAGUGCCACAGUACAUUCUGGAUCACUAUGCACAAGCUGGGAAGUACUGUAAUAUUGUUGUCACUCAGCCAAGGAGGAUAGCAGCAAUGAGCAUUGCUAGGAGGGUGUGUCAGGAGAGGGGCUGGAGAUUAGGCAGUGUGGUGGGAUAUCAG